GAUCAAAACCAAAGACGACCUGAACAAUGAUCAGCGGUCCGACUGCCACUGCUUCCAUCCCCAAGUCAACCAGUCCAUCGCCGUCGCUGAAGUUGUUCAAUCCAUCGAUGGUUUCCGGAUCGGGUGCGUCCCUCGUGUCGACGUCGAACGACGAAACGCCCGGAAGCUAUUCUUGUUGUUCCGCCGUGAGCUCUAUGAAGGAGAUCCUGAAGUCCGUCUACCGUUGCGACAGCGCCGCCGUCGUAGACGGCGACGCGUCCUGCGGGUCGACGGCGAACCAGGCCCUGUACCAGGGUGUGGAGGUCAUCCUCCGCAAAACGACGUGCAACUACGGAAACGACCUCAAAACCUCGGUGGCCUCCAGGCCCUUUUUCGAGUACAGGUGUUUUUGCGACGACGACGAUUUCCUUCCGGAGGACGUGUACUCCUCGCCACAGGUGCAGCAGGAAGCCGAGUCCCGAGCCAACAAGGUCUUUGGCCACGUUCGAAGCGGCAGCACCGGCACUCUCAGCAGCGGAGAAAGUCGGAACGAGCAAAACCCAACGGAGGCGUCGAGCGAAAACGACCAAGGCGAGAGCGACGAACGGAACGCCGCGGAGGAGACCGUGCGCACGGAGGCGGACGCACCCUCCACGCCGCGGCCGCUGCGGACGCACACGAGGGACUUUUACAGCAAGAUCCAUUCCCCGACGAAACGGUCGAUCACCAGGCUGUACGACAUCGUGCCGGCGUCACCGUCGUCCUUUUCGAGAUCCCCAAAGUCGGUACCUGUUGAUGGCGUUCCGUCUUCGAUAGAGACCAGUGCCUCCGAACCAGUGGGAGUGGUGGUGUCUGCUCCUUGAACGGCUGGACACCGAUUCCAGACAAGAUGCAUUCGACAUAUUGCUGCUUAGGCACCGCGUUCUAGCCAAAUUAGUAAUUCCUUCGAGUCGAAUGCCCAAGUCCACAACUGUAUAACAAAGGCAGACGAUGCAC